GAAAUAAUUACAUACUUGUUUCUUAGAAAUUUGUUGCACCAGUCAUGACACUUCUUCGGAACUCAGGUUCAUUUCAUAUGCCUUAUACACUGAGCCACAUAGAAGAACGAGUUCUUUUGGUUUUGAAGCUGUAUGAUAAGAUAAACCCAGAUACACUAACCCUUAAUUCCCAUUUUUAUGAAGAUUUAGGAUUAGACAGUUUGGAUCAUGUUGAAGUUAUUAUUGCUAUGGAAGAUGAAUUUGAUUUUGAAAUACCUGAUGAACAUACGCAUCGCUUGAUGAGGCCAAAAGACAUUGUCAGAUAUGUAGCUGACAGAUUUGAUAUUUAUGAAUAGAUUGCUGCAAACUUUGCCUCUGUAUAAUACUAUGGCAUAUGUUAAAUCUUUAGAAAUUAAACUAGAAUUAUGUAUUCAAUUUGGUAUGUAUUAUGAAAUAAAUAAAUCAUUUUAUCAAAAUCUC